AUGGGUAUAAGAAAUGAAUUUCUCCUUUUUGUGUUGGUUGUUUCAAUGUUAGAACUCGGGUUGGCUAAUAAGAACUUCACUGGUCCACCCGAAUUUUGGGGACCCGGAUUCAACCACACAGAUGGUUGGUUUCAAGGCCACUUGAAUACGACCCGUGGCCCUAGGAAAAUCAUUGUUGGCGGCUCUAACAAAUGGGGUUUUGGGUUCAACUACACUGAUUGGGCACUAAAGAAUGGUCCAUUUUACAUAGGGGACUCUUUAGUAUUCAAAUUUGAUCCUCCUACAAGCGACCCGAACUCGCAUCCUCAUAGCGUAUAUUUGAUACGAACAUACGGAGCUUUAUGA